AUGAUGGGUGCGGAGGUCAUCAAGGUCGGAAGCGCGCGCCGUCCCGACCCGUCCACACGCGGCGCUCCCUUUCAGGCGUACAACCAGUCCAAGCUCUACGCCGCACUUAAUAUAUCUCGCCCCGAAGGCCUGGAACUUGCGAUGCGCCUCGUAUCGGUCUCAGAUGUGGUUAUCGAGAACUUCGCAGCCGGAGUUAUAGAAAGGCUUGGACUCGGCUACGAUGCGCUCAGGCAGGCAAAGCCCGACAUAAUCAUGCUAUCGUCGUCCGGCACAGGGCACUCUGGACCCGAUAAGGACUAUGUGGCUUAUGGCAGCCUGCUGCAAUACUACACGGGCUGGAACGCCAUAUCUGGCUAUCCCAACUCCGAGCCAAUCAAGGGCGGGCUAUGGGCUGACCCAUGGGUCGGCAUGGAGCUUGCGAUGGUCGCUGCCGCCGCGCUCAACCACCGCGCCGUCACGGGCGAGGGCAACUACGUGGACUUCUCGAUGGCAGAGGCGCUCACCGCCAGCAUCCCGGAGGCACUGCUCGACUACCAGAUGAACGACCGUGUCCCCGAACUGAUGGGCAACGCCGACAGCCAGCACUGCCCCCACAAUGUCUAUCGCUGCAAGGGCAGCGACCGCUGGCUUGCCAUCGCAGUCACUAGCGAUGAGGAAUGGCGCGCGCUCUGCGGUGUCAUCGGUUGGCAUGAUCUGUCCGACGACCCUUCUCUGGCAGACGCGAAGGGCAGGCGUGAGCAGCAGCAUAAGAUUGACGCGGCAAUCACUGAGUGGACGCAGCAUCACGAAGACUACGAGGCGAUGGGAGUCCUGCAGGACGCGGGCAUUCCCGCAGUGCCGUAUCUCAGCCCGCAGCGCGUCUUCACCGACCCGCAGUUGCGCGAGGGCGGCUUCUUCACCACACUCACCGCAAGUAGAAAGGAGGUCAGUACUAUGGCAGUGCAGUAUGAGAAGCAGGGCAGUAUCGCCUAUGUGACCAUCGACAACCCGCAAAAGGCGAACAUCCUAGACCGCCAGACUUCGGACGAGAUGGCAGAGGUUUGGAAGGAAGUGUGGGAUGACCGGGACGUGCGUGUAGCAAUUCUGACCGGGAAGGGCGACCGUCACUUCUGUGCCGGGCACAACCUCGCCACUCGCCCCGACAUCACGCCCGAAGAGCGCGAGCGUAUCCGCUCAGAGGCGAUAUUCUGGCCGCCCGUCCGGCACUGUGAACGGCGCGGCGCGAAUCGGUGCUGA